GAACCCUCCAUCAUCGGAGUGAUACCCUGGAGACAGUGAUCCUGGUAAACCCCAAUGUGGACAGCAUCGUGUCUGAGGUCCGCUCACUGGUGUGUGAUUCAUCAGCCCACAAACUACUGAUCUUCUGUGGCCAAAGCUCAGACCAGGAAGGAGACUUGAUCUUGCAGACAGGGACCUUCACUUACCAGAAGUUUGCUGAGAUACUUUCAGACCCAGAGGUCACCCAGAUUCUUAGCAACACUGAUUCAGAUAUCAAGGCCUCUCUCACUGUGUCGUGCUUGGGAGAAGGAGACUGGAGCAACCUUGGGCAUCCUCGAUUUCAGGAAAUUAUUAAUCUGAAGCUGAAUCCUGAUCCAGUUCUGCCAGAAAUGGAUGGGGUGUCUGAGUUUGCAGAAUACGUCUCUGAGACAGUUGACGUGCCAUCUCCAUUUGAUCUCCUGGAGCCACCCACCUCAGGGGGCUUUCUGAAGCUUUCUAAACCCUGCUGCUACAUAUUCCCUGGGGGAAGAGGUGAUUCUGCUCUUUUUGCUGUCAAUGGGUUUAACAUACUUGUGGACGGUGGCUCUGACAGGAAAUCCUGCUUCUGGAAGCUGGUGAGGCACCUGGAUAGAAUUGACUCAAUCCUGCUCACCCACAUAGGUGCAGACAACCUACCUGGCAUCAAUGGGCUGCUGCAGAGGAAAGUUGCUGAGCAAGAGGAGGAACAAUCCCAGGGCUCUACCAACUACAGUGACUGGAUGAAGAACCUAAUUUCUCCUGAGCUAGGGGUGGUUUUUUUUAAUGUUCCUGAAAAACUGAAGAUGCCUGAAUCAUCCAUGAAAGUAAAGAGGAGCAUCGAAGAAGCUUGUCUGACACUGCAGUAUCUCAACAGACUAGGCAUUAAAUCAGAGCCUCUCUACAGGGUGGUGAGCAGUACCAUUGAACCUAUCACACUUUUCCACAAAAUGGGAGUAGGUAAGCUAGACAUGUAUAUACUGAAUCCUGUCAAGGACAGUAAAGAAAUGCAAUUUCUAAUGCAAAAAUGGGCUGGUAAUAGUAAAGCAAAGACUGGCAUAAUUCUCGCAAGUGGGAAGGAAGGUGAAAUUUCUGUUCCCUAUCUCACAUCCAUCACAGCCCUAGUGGUGUGGCUUCCAGCCAGCCCAACAGAGAAAAUUGUAAGGGUUUUGUUUCCUGGAAAUGCUCCUCAAAAUAAGAUCCUGGAAGGUCUUGAGAAGCUCAAGCACCUGGAUUUUCUGAGGUAUCCAGUGGCUACUCAGAAAGAUAUCACUUCUGGAAUACCCCCACCUGUGCUGAAGCAGACCAAAAUUAAACAAAGAACUGACAGUAAAGAGAGUCUUAAAUCUUCCCCCAAGCCAUCUGUAACAAAGCAAGCUAAGAAGGAAGAGGCAGUUGAGGACGGGAUUAAGGAGGUAAAAACAGAAGUCAUAAAGGAUGCUAAAAUUGAGAAAAAGGUUAAAGAACACUCAGAGAAAAUUCCUGAGAAACCUGUUAAACAUGAAAAGAUAAAGACAGAAACAAGUGAUGUUCUUAAAGCUGAGAAAAGAAAACUGGCAAAAGACAAGGUUGGAAAAAAGCAUCUCAAAGAGAAAGUGUCCAAACUGGAGGAGAAGAAAGACAAAGAAAAGAAAGAGAUUAAGAAGGAGAAAAAGGACUUAAAAAAAGAUGAUGGAAAGAAAGAGGAAAAAAAAGAUUCAAAGAAAGAGGAUAAAAAGAAAGAAACCAAACCAGAGCCCAAAAAAAUUUCUAAACCAGACUUAAAACCAUUUACCCCAGAAGUAAGAAAAACAUUAUACAAGGCAAAAGUUCCAGGCAGACUGAAAACUGAAAAGAUCAAAGCCAAACCUGAAAAAGAAGUACCUGCUGACCUGAAGACAUCACCAAUGGAGAAGGCACCUGUACAGGUGGAGCCAGGAGAGACUUCCAUAGCUGAACAGAGGUUAGUCCUGUCUUCACCAGAAGAUCUUACAAAGGACUUUGAGGAGCUGAAGCACGAGGAGAAAGGGGCCUUGCAGGUGACUCAAGAAAUGUCUGAUAUUGAGGUUAGUGAUAAGAUUAUGAGAGUACCUGAAACAGAGAUAAAAGACUCUGCUGACAUCAUUACUCAGAGUUGCCUUGAAGGAAAAGCUGAACAGGACAAGGAAGUUCAGCUGUUUCCAGACAAAGAACAGGUAUCAUCACAGAUGGACCUCCUAGCAAAGGGUGUUUGGGCAUCAGCAUUCAGAGAGGAAGAAAGGGAGGAAGAGGAGAAAAUCUCUUUGGACAGAAAACAGAGGGAAGCAGAAACAAAGACUUGUGAAAAGUAUAUUGAGGGGGCAGAGGCACAGGAAGAGGGUGAGAAGGAAAAGAGAGAAGAUGUGAUAGAAAAGGCAGAACUGGAAGAAAAGGAAGAACAGAUGAAGGCAGAGGGGAAGGUGGAAAAGAACAGAGACUUCUAUGAGCUGAGUCAGGAUGAGAGGGAGGACAAGAUAUUUACCACUACAGAAAAGGAAAAAGAAUUUAGUGACAUGGGUGAGAAAAACAAGUUACUUGGAAAGGACAUAGCAAAGGAAGAGUCAAAUCUGAGCAGUCUGCCAGCCCCACCAGGAGCAACAGCAGAACAUGUUUCAUAUAUCCAAGAUGAAACUAUCCCAGGCUACUCAGAAACAGAGCAGACCAUUUCUGAUGAAGAAAUACAUGAUGAACAGGAAGAGAGGAUCCCACACUUGAAAUAUGAUGUCAACGCCUAUGACAUUUCUGUUCCUGACCACCCAGGCUCUUUUGAAGCAAUACAUGGAAUACAGGCCAUGCCUACUGCUGACCUUUCAGCCAAGGGCUAUGCUGGCCAGGAGUCUGAAAUCCUGGCAUAUCCUACAAACAUUGUGGCAGCACCCCUAGCUGAGGAGGAACACAUAUCCUCUGCUACCUCCAUUACAGAAUGUGAUAAGCUUUCAUCUUUUGCAACUUCAGUAGCAGAAGAUCAAUCUGUUGCAUCUAUAACAGCACCACAAACAGAAGAGACUGGGAAAAGCUCUUUACUCCUAGACACAGUAAACAGCAUGCCCUCCUCUCGGACCGAAGCAACCCAAGGUCUCGACUAUGUUCCCUCCGCUGGCACAAUCUCUCCCACAUCAUCAUUGGAGGAAGACAAAUGUUUUAAAUCUCCACCCCCUGAAGAUUUCCAUGCGCUAGCAGAAGGAGAGAGAAAAAUGGAAGCUCAAAAAAAGGAUCUUCAUGAAGAGGCAGAAGAUGAAGAGGAAGAAGAUGAUGGGACUCCAAAUAUUGAAAUGCCUGAGAAACUCAGAGGGCAUUACAAUGCCCCCAUGCUUGCUCAUCAAGGAUGUCCUGAUAAUGUGUUAAUCAGUGUUCCCACAGAAGUUGACUCUGCAGAGGCUGAAGAACGAUGCAUGAGUCCUGAUGACAGUACAGUCAAAAUGGCCUCUCCCACCCCAUCUGGCCCCACUAGUGCAGGACACACACCUUUCCACCAGUCUCCAGUGGAGGAAAAACUAGAAACAGUAGAUUCAGAUCUAUUUGAAAAACAAACAGAUGCUGCUGCCAAGAAAUUGGAAGGCCAAGCUUUUGUUGCAGGGAAGGGAGCCAAGGCUGAACCUCUCAGAGAAGACGAGGUAUCUGCAGCUAAAUACAGACAUGAAAAAGAAGUGCCUGGAGCUGUACAGCACAAGCUGGUCUUGGGCAGUGACAUUCCAGUGUCUCCUGGGGAGGAGGUGCAGGAAGAACCAGUGGGGAAGGAGGAGCUGCUCUGGCUCUCCUACCACAAGCAGGACACAGUGGUGAUAGGGGAGGAGGAGGAGCGUCCCAUGCUGCCCCAUCCCAGCACAGAUGUGUUUCUGGUGCCAGAAAAAGAGUUCAAGGAAGCUCAAGAAGAAAAAUCUCCAGAAAUGGAAGACUUUUACAUGAAAGAUUUAAGUUACGAGAAGAAAGUGUGGUUUCCAGAAGAGGUGGAAGAGAUCCCUGCUCAGGGAACGCAUGAUGAGGAGAAGGCUGUCCUAGAUAUCUAUGCAAAGUCACUAGACCAAGCACUGACAGCAUCUCCCCUGUCUGUAACAGCUACCGCUCUGGAAAAGGAGAUUGACACAACACCAGAAACAGAAGGGCCCUACAGGUUAGAUCAGUGCAAGCCACCUUCACAGGAGGAAGUCCCAUCGAAGGACACAGAGAAGAAAUCAGACAUCAGUGGUUUGUCUUGGGAAAUAGACUGUAAAUACAAGUCAGACAGAAGACAAGAGGAUGACUGCAAGUCCACUGAGGCUCUUUAUGACUCUACAGGAAGAAAAGAGCAGAUGCUAGCAGCAUCUACUCUGUUACAAUCUACAGGACCAGCAGAAUAUGAAUAUACAUCAGUGUCUCCAGAAGAAAGUGCUGCAGUGUCAGGGCAGCGUGCACCCUCCCCUGUAGGACAAGGCCCUUGUCAAAAAAGCAGUGCUGCCAUGGGCCAUGCUGGGGCUCUAGGUUCUGCCAGCCAAAUGGCAUAUCCUCCAGAGAUCUAUUCCAGGAGCUCCCCUGAGUCUUAUUCCUAUGAGGCAGGGGUCUGCAGACCCAGAGGUGAUGACAGUUCUUCAGGACAAGAGCAAGAAGAAAGAGAACCGACUCCCUACCCUGAUGAAAGAAGUUUCAAGUAUGCUGACAUCUAUGAGAAGAUAAUUGUGUCUGGAAUUGGACCCUCCCCCUUCACACCCAAGGGUGCAGACAGUCCAGGUCACACUGACAAGGUGCCAGGAGCAGCACUGAUCUCUCAAAAAGGUCAAAGUUUUCACGUGUCUGCAAAGGAAGAAGAGUCCUGCCUUUAUACCUCUGCUGAGAAGGAGUUGUCAUCUCCAGCAUCCCCUAAAGAUAAAGGAGAUUCAGCCUUUGACUAUACAGAUGUCCACGAAAGAUACUUGCCCUUGUCUGAAACAGAUAAGCCUAGGAUAUCUGAAGGGCAGGAAAAACAGAAGGUGUCUUCUGCUUUGCCAGGAGAACUGGACUCUGAACUGCACCCGUCAUCUGCAAGCACAUCAUUUGCCCCUCGAACAGACAUGACUGACACGUUUUACCAAGAAAAAUCAGCUGCCUAUAUUGAUGCUGCUUGUUCAGAUGAGAACAUCAUUUUGUCUAGCCAGGAGCAGAUGUCUCUGUCCCUGAAAUCUGAAAGCCCAAAUCCCAAAGAUACAUACUAUGAGAAAGCAGGUCGAGGGGAAGAAAGCAUGAGUGACUCAGAGUUAGAAAAGGGCGCAAAGGAGAAGUCCGAAAAGGAAUCUAAACUGCACAGCCCUCUUGAAGCUGCAGGCACAGUCUAUGCGCACGUGGCAAUGGACAAGUUUCACGUACCAGAACCCCUUCAGCAAAGCAAGCGUCAGGCGUCCAUCUCACCCAGUUCUACUGCCUCUUCACCCUCUGAUCCAGAGUGGAAAGAGGAAUAUGGAACAUCCAGUAAGUUCAGACAUGAGCAAACCUUAGCAAGCCAUUUCGGGGAUAUAUCUCUUCCUUUAAAGGCUCCUUGUGCUUUGCUUUCAGACCAGGGGAAGAAAGAUGAGUACUUGGAGGUUUCUGAGAAAAUCAGCAGCCUUGACUCAUCUUUUACUAAAUUCUCACCACUGAGUCCAUAUGAAGAAGAUAAGUUGUUCUCCAAAGCUGUGGAAAAAGAAUCUGUGCCCCAACAGCAGCUGAAAGAUGACUCUUCCAGCCUGUCAGAGGAACCUUCAUCUGAAGCUACCACUCCUGUGAUACCGACUGCAGCAGAAAGCUUCUACUCCCAUAUGCUUUCCACAUACACGGGUGCAGGAGCAGAACCAGGUACCAGGAGUCUUUGGGAUGUGUCUCCACAGAUUCCAGAUAACGCUGUGAAAACACAUACAGCUGAAACCAAAGACUUUGUGUUUGCUGAAGAACAUGGUUCUCUUUUCACAAGUGGCAUGGGUGACAGCAUUUCACCAUGCAGAAGGGAGUGCCAGAGUUCACAGGCCACACCGUUCUCUGCAGAGAAACAACGACAACCCUGUGUAAGCAGUCCAGAGCAGAAGGCACCAUUUGCAGAACAGCUGAUGACACUGACAUCUCUUCCUGAUGUGUUGACAUCAUUUCCUCAUCAUCACCAUGAAGAUGAAACCACAGCCAAUGGUCCAACAGAGGUGAGCACCAGUCUGCAAGCUUUCCAAAGUACAUACCAUGCAGCAGAGGCAAAAGAUGAAAAAACUUGUCCCGAUUCUGACGGCAGUUUUUCUCCGUGCGCAGGCAAAGAGGACACAGAGAGGCAAAGCCGUCCUUCCUCUCUGAUGUCCCCUGAACACAGUUUCCAGCCCUUUUUCCCAGAUGUGCAGAGGGGUGGAAAAACAGAGGACCAUGGAGAUGCUUCCCAUGAGAUGGAGCCACAUUUAGGAGGCAGUUUUGAUUGUGGACAGAAAUUUUCCUCGUGUGAAUACAAGCACAGGAAGGGGGAGCUCUCUCCCUCAUUCAUCAACCCGAGCCCUCACGAGCUCUCUGAAGAUAGUGACCUCUCACAGGAGGAUGGUCAUCCUUCAGUGCAAGGAAGACCACCCCACACUGGUAGUAGCCCCAUGCAAAGUGCCACAGUGGAGGAAACCCCUCCAACAUCAGUGAGUGAUUCUGGAACCUCCCAGUCAGACUCGGAUGUCCCGCCUGAGACAGAAGAAUGUCCAUCCAUCACAGCAGAUGCCAACAUGGACUCAGAUGAGGAUGCCGAUUUCCUCCCAGUGGACAAAGCUGUUGGGAAUGCUCAUCAUGCCAGUUCUAGGUCCAGCCAUGAUCCUCAGCCUGUUCCAAUGGUAGAUCCCCAUCCCCAUCCUCCUCACCCUGACGUCUGCAUGGUAGACCCUGAUAUGUUGGUAAAUGAGCAAAGCAUGAGCAGAACUGAUAAAAUUUCCAAGAAAGACAUAAAAGAAAAGAACAAAGGUGUGAGGAAGCCUUUGAGCAAGCCCAAAUCUUCCUCGCCUGCCCGGAAAGUAGAUGUGAAAGGGAAACGAUCACCCACUCCUGUGAAACAGCCAUCGGACAAAUCUCCAAAAUCUGUUACUGCAAAAAAAGAAAGAGAUGGAGGAGAGAAGCCCAAACCACGUGGUGCGCUGGUGCAGCCUACUCACACAGAGGAUGAGUUAUCCCGGAGUAGUCACAGCAACCCUGGCAAGAGCCUUGUUAAUGGCAUCAAAACAAACCCAGCUUCCAAUAGUCCUAAGAGUAGUUUGCCCGUGCCCGUGGGUCCACCUGUCUAUGUGGACCUGGCAUACAUCCCCAACCAUUGCAGCGGAAAGAACACAGAUCCAGAGUUCUUCAAGCGGGUUCGAGCAUCAUAUUACGUUGUGAGUGGGAAUGAUGCAGCCAAUGGAGAGCCAAGCCGUGCAGUGUUGGAUGCGCUACUGGAGGGGAAGUCUCAGUGGGGGGACAACCUGCAGGUGACAUUGAUCCCAACACAUGAUACUGAGGUGACACGAGAAUGGUACCAGCAGACUCAUGAGAAACAGCAGGAGCUAAACAUCAUGGUACUGGCAAGCAGCAGCACUGUUGUGAUGCAGGAUGAAUCUUUUCCAGCCUGUAAGAUCGAAUUCUAAAUCUCCACACUUUGCGUUCAUCCAUUGAUUCUCCAAUCACCGAUGCAACAUCAGAGACAUACAUCCAGUUCUUCUCUGGUUUAGUCCUCUACGUGGUUCCCAUUUGUCAGGCAAUCGGGUAUCCAUCUAGCUCAGCACUGGAUGCCAUGAGAAAGAAGUGCAGGGCUCUGUAAUAUUCUGGACUGAGCUAAGAGUUUGUGCAAGAGCAGUUGCAGGCCAGGGGCACUUUUACUUUCCCUGCUUUAUUCUGCUGCCUGUACAGUUUCUGUAUACUAUCUUGGCUGCCUUGCUGCUGUGAGAGCUUGUUCUACUCUCUUCCUGGCUGCCUUGCCAUUUAACUUGUAGCACCAUGAACCUCAUCUUUUUGGUGAGGGCUGAAGUGCUGCUGCUGCAUGUAGACAGUGCAUGGGGGGCAGGCGGGGG